AUGUUGCUGGAUGCUCCUGUGCGGAAUACAGCGGCGGAGGACUCCUCGAUAACGUCUCCGUCCACCACACGCAACCUCCUCAAAAUGAGAUGCCGGGCUCUCCUGCUCCUGCUGCCAAGCGCUCUCGCCUUUGAACUCCCAUUCAAGGUACCAAAUCUAUUUUCCAGAUCCCCCGCUCCAGCCCAAACCGAGGUCCAUUCCUCCGCUGCAUCCACACCCCGGAUAGCCGUCAUUGGCGCGGGGGCAGCAGGCUCAUCGGCCGCUUUCUGGAUCUCUAAAGCGCAAGACAGAUUCGGCCUCGACGUCCAAGUUGACGUGUACGAAAAAUCGGAUUACGUCGGUGGUCGAAGCACGGUUGUCUACCCGUACGGAAAUACUUCUCUCCCAGAACUCGAGUUAGGGGGCUCUAUCUUUGUAACCGCCAACAAAAACCUCUGGAGGGCCUCAGACGAGUUCGGUCUCGGAAGACGUGAUUUCAGCGACGAAGAUGAAUCAACAGGUAUAUGGGAUGGUCAAGAAAUGCUACUGUCCUUUUCAGGCAGCUGGUGGGAUACAGCCAAACUACUCUGGAGAUACGGUUUCCUCUCUCCCAGACGCACUGAGAACUUCGUCCGCGCCUUGGUCGAUAAAUACCUGACUCUCUACAACUCUGACUCUCCCAAGUGGGACAGCGUCGCCGACCUCUCUGCAACCUUUGGCUGGACAGAUUUCGUCAACAAGACGGCCUUGGAGCACCUGCGAACAGAAGGCGUUUCUGACAAAUACAUCAACGAAGUGGUUGAUGCUGCAACACGAGUCAAUUACGGGCAGGACGUCGACUACAUCCAUGCAUUAGAAGGCGCGCUCUCCAUGGCCGCCAACGGAGCAGUCGGCAUCGCCGGAGGAAACUUCCAGAUAUUCGAGAAAUUCCUCAACCACUCGCGUGCCAACGUCUAUCUCAAGACACCGGUCGUUAGUAUCGCCGAGAAAUCCUCCUCGUCUCAUCUCUGGUCCGUCAAGAGCAGCAGCGGGACGAGGGACUACAGGGCCGUCAUCCUCGCCGCGCCAUUCCACCAGACGGGCAUCGCGUUCCCGCCCGCGGUCGCGGAGAAGGUCCCCCCGCUGCCCUACCUCCACCUACAUGUGACCCUCCUUGCGACGACGGCGCCAUACCUCAACGCCACAUACUUUGGCCUUCCCGAGGGCACGCCCAUCCCGCGCAUGCUGCUCACAAGUGGGCAGGCUGCCAGGGUUGGUGGCAAGAAACCCGAGUUCAACUCGAUCUCAUACCACGGCUUAAUACGCGAUGGAGAGUGGGCGGUCAAGAUUUUUUCGGACCACGCACUGACUGAUGAGUGGUUGGCUGAGAUGUUCCAAGGACAAGUCGGGUGGGUCCUGAGGAAAGAAUGGGAUGCCUAUCCGAAGGUUCCUCCGACCUCGACCUUCCCUCCCGUCAAGCUUGAUCGGGGGCUUUACUAUGUCAAUGCGUUCGAGCCAUUCAUCUCGACUAUGGAAACGGAAACGGUGGCCUCCCGCAAUGUCGUCGAUCUGAUGCUCAGCGACGAGUUCAACUCGGGCAUCUGUGGUCGGACAAUCUCAGCGGUAGAGACGGAUGCCAGCGAAGACGGUGCCCAAAAGCCUCUUGUUGCUCCUGCUCGUCAAGAAACCACCAACCCGGAUAACUUCGUCUUAGGCUGGGAUUGCUGA